CUCCUUUCUCUCUCUCUCCCUCCUGGCUGGCCAAUUCACUCCCCCCGUCUUCUCCGUCCCUACUUCCUCCCUGCAAGUGGCGUGUCUUGCCUGAACCGUGAACGACGGAUCCCUUUCAUUCCCUCCCUGGAUGGCUUGAUCAUGGUCGUCUCUCGGCGGGAUUGAACGAUGGGGUGCUACAGCCCAGUCUGGUGAACCUGUCUGACUGCUCGCCUUGGAUUGCCAUCAUGUUGGGUCGCCUGUUGAGCACUGCAGCGGCUACUCUGAACCCGGCGGCCUACAAUGCCAAAAAUGCCCACCAGCUGGAGUCCGUCACGGAGGAAGAACAUACUUCCGGUUUACUGUUCCCCGAUGCUAGUCUCCUGCGACGUUCCAAUACACACACUUACCCGCUGCACACGGCCUACAAUUCCCCGAACGCCUCUACGGCUGGUGCCUAUGAUGAUCGCGGCGGCGUUGAGUUGGACCCGAUGAAGGAUUUCCGUGUGAUCAUUGCCCAAAAUGCAUUGGGAGAUCGAGACGCCUGUGUCUUGUUGGAUACCCGCGCGAGUUCGCAGGAUCAGACAUCCCAUGGACUUGGUUUGGAGCCUCAGCUGUUCGACAAUAAUGGUGCAAGACAUGCCCGCACGGUUUCGAACCUCACCCGUGGAACACGACGGGGCUAUUUGUCUCAGUCGUCAGCUGCGGAGCCAAGCCCGCUCUCAGUCGCUGCAGAGACACGGAGGUCACCACCCAUGUCGUCUGGCGCUUUCAUGAGGGCUCGUGGUCGUAGUUCCACUCUGUCGCCUGCUGGAAGCAUUCAUGAGCCUGGCCCGCGUUACUCCACUGACUCGAAUGAUUCUGGGUUAUUGAACUGCAUUUUCGGCAGCAGUGCGUUUAGUUAUAGGGGAUCGUCAACGAAGAUGCAUAUCAUCUCUGCCGACGAUGAACCUGGUAAAACUGCGCCAACGUCCCCUGCAACUCGCAAUUCGCUCUCACGGGCGUAUACAACUGGAAGUUCUUCGGCUUUCGCCAGCACGAACCCUGGGAAUGACUCCAAACCGCCAGCAAAGGUCACCAUUCUCCUAACUAGGAUGUUCAGCGUCCAUUUACCCGAGGGGGGAGAGGCGUCUCCGGAUAGGGCGGAUCAGACCUCCGUCUACCAAGAGUCUAUUCCAAACGCGGGGUUUCCCUUUCCUGACGUCACGAAGCGCCGGAAGAUCAAGGAGAAGAAGACUCCCAUGUAUGCUGUGGCCAUAACCAUUCAAAUCCCACUUCUCUCCCGAAAUACUGGACGACCGGUCUCUCGCUUUAAUGGUCAGGGACCGGACUCCCCCAAACCUGGAAUGUCCUGCUCCCUGGAUUCCGAUUACCGUUUUCGGGGAGGGUUUCUCGAUGACAGCUUGUCACUUGCAUCACCACCAGCCAGCUUAGAUGAGCGGAUUGAUCUCCUAGUCGACCAUUGGGAUGUCAUCAACCGCACAUUGUCACACUUGGAGAGACUGUCACGGAAUGAGAUUCUCUUUCUGUUGAAAAAGGUAGAUUCCUCUUCAGGAAUGCAUCCCAAGCCAGCUAAACCUCCCAACAUGCAACGCACAAAUCAGACAUUUGUUCACCUGCCUGCGAAUAUCCUGGCUGUGAAUUCUAGGCUGCGAGACGAAGCCGUCCGCAGCAGCCGCCGCAUCAGCACCGCACUGCAAAUGCCAUUUGUCGUAACGGGCCAGAGUCGCUGGGGCGUUUGGCGCGAGGAGGGUCGUUCGAUUAUCCGCAGCAUCGGGGACAAAGACCACAGCUUUUUCUUCUUAGUUCUAAUCACCGCGUUCCUGGGGAACCAUACUGAGUGGCUUAAUGCCUUGGGUCCCGAGUGGUACCGAAAGCGACAUUAUCUACAACAGAAGGCCCAGCAGGAUUCUGACCCUGUCCUUGCUCAGCGCACUGUCAUCAUCUCCCCUGACAAGAUGACGGCGCGAAGACUGAUCUUCCUACUGUCGGCGUUUCUCCCAUCCAAACAGCGUUUUGAGCCUUUGCCAUCGCCAAUUCGACCGGGUACCGCCGCUUCCACGAGAGCCAUCUCUCAAAGCCCGCCAAAUGUCCCGGUUUUACGACAGGAGUCCCUUCGGAGGGCCAUCGAACGUCGGUCUCGCGCGCAGCGCCUGACCCUCAGUGAUAGAGAACAGCACCAGCGGUCCGUGAGCGUUUCGUCGUGCGAGACCGCGCAUCGCUCGACGGAUGAGGCAGAGCCGUUGGUGACACCGGAAUUUGGUACUACGCGCCGAGGCUCCGAUGCCCGCUCCAUUAGAGCACUGGGGGUGCCGAUACAGGCCAAGGAUAUGCGCACGAGAAAUACGAGCGCGGCGACCACGUCGACGACCACCCCAGGCAGUACUGUUCCCGUACCGCACUUUGCUUCUCAGAGCCGCUCCGAGCGGGCAGGAUCGGAUCAGACAGUGGCCGAAGGGCAUGACAGCCUGGCGUCGGAAACCCUGUUGCGAAACCUUCAAAGAAGCGAAAGCUCGGUUCUAAGUGGUAAUGGUAGUGUGCCGUCUGCUAAUGGUCGAUGGGGGAGUCUCUUUUCCGGACUGUGGAGCUCACGUCAGGAAUCAUCCACUGGCGGCGAGGCUGUGGCACCGGCAGAAAUCCGCAGACGGUCCGUUUCAGCAUUUGCCAACCCUCCGAGGCGUCAUCCCCCAACCCUGAGUCAGAUGGUCAGAGAUGUCUCGCUCAGGCCCGCUGAAGCGUCCCCCAAGACCGCGACGAGCAGCAACAUCUCGAUCCCACAGUCUUCAAAUCCCCACCAUGGAUAUGAAGAAGACGCCCAGGAUCUGUCUUCUGCUACAGAUCAGGCCAAAGAAUCGUCGUUGAAACUAUCGGUGCGAGGCGAUGAUGGCAUUGUCGAUGUUGAUCUUCCUUUGCCUGGGUUCGUGUCCCUUUCUUCGUCUGGCGACUCAACAAUGGCCUCACCGAAGAAGACGCGGACAUCUGUCACUAGUGUUGACGCUGUGGCAUCUACUCAUAGUAGCACAUCAGGCUUCCCGUCUGCCCCGAGGGACAAUGACGGACCUAAUAUCAAUGUUGCUGGCUGGCUGAAGAGCUUCCAUGACGACUUUUUGCUCCAAGCGGUACGGCCAUAUACCGGGCUUGAGGCCGACAUCAAACGCGCCAUGCAGGCGGAGCCGACUUCCAACCAAGCUGUGUGUCUCGACGCAGAUGGUUCCGGACGUUGGGUGGAUGUCGCGACCACGCUUGUUGCAGACGUCCGAACUUUUUCAGUGAAGCGGCUGCGGCUGCGACGGAAAAUAGGGAAUGCCUCGUGGCGCAACGCCUCGCCUGACUUUUCUCCUCAACCCGGCACCCCUCGUCACGUCUCUGGAGGCUCGGCUUCCGCGUCGCAGCUCACCAGUUUCUUUUCUCAAGCUACGGCUUCUAGCAAAUCAUCUGCGAGUUCUUCCGUAGAUGGAUUUACACCGAACGAAGUGGAAGAGCGCUUCGUGGAAGAACAUGUCAUGGAUCUUGAUGGGACGCUCGUCGAUGCGCUGGAGCGAGUUCUUGCCCAGAGCGGCCCGUCGUCCAUGCAACAUUCCCGUGCUCCGUCGCCGUCACGCGCCCGCCGAGGCGAGGACAAGCACAUGCCGGAGGUUCCAAACCGGGACGAGCCCCGCGCUGCGGAGGUUCCUCGGACCGAGUGUCGCAAGCUCGUUCUCAGUGCUCUCGAGGAGGUGGUCCGCAGCGUAACGGCGGAGCAUUGCCGCGAGGACGUCGAGGGGGAGCUCGGCCCGUCGGACAAGGAGCGGCGGCGGUUGCAGACGGGAGGAGACAACACCUUGCGAGAGGGGAUUCGCAAGUGGCUUCUUGAUGUGGAAGAGGCGUGGUAGUGCUUGUUGGCUGUUGCAUAGCGAUGCGGUUGGUUGGGUUACCUUUCUUAUUUUUCGCCUGUGACUUGACAGGGAUUAUUGGGGUCUUCUCCUUAUUUCUUUGCUACUUUGAUAUCAUCAUGAUACCCAUGUG